GUUGCAAUAUCUUUUCAGCACCUCAGGUUUCUUCAAGAGGCUGUGACUUACCUGGUUAAAUACGGAUUUGACUGGCACACAGUGGUACAGCAGGUGCAUCUUCAGAUAUGUCUGAGGAGAAGAAGAGGAAGCUUUCAACAACAGCUUCUGAACCUUGUGAACCAUCAGCCAGUUCACAGAAAAAUGUUGCAGAGUCCACGGGUCCCAGAUGUGUCUCCAUUAAGAGUGAUCGAUCCAGGAUUGAACCUCCCGUCUUUAGAGAUGAGGAAUCAAAAUGUUUACAGAGUGUAACGGAGUUCACAUCUGAAAGUUCAGUUUCUGUGCAGAGCGAUGAAUCCACUCACCAGCAGCUCAGUCAUCCCAGUGUGGAUCCAAACAGCUGUCUAAUGUGUAAGAAGGUUUUGAGGGAUCCAGUUCACUUCAAGUGUGGACACUGGUUAUGCAAACAGUGUGUGAGCUCAAACUGGGAUCAGUCUGGCUCACAGGCAGAAAAUCUCUGCCUGGAUUGUGUUGAGAAAUGCCAACUUAAGAAUGUUGAAAGCACAGGGAAUAUCCUCCUUGUCAAAGUAAAGGAGAAUUUGAAAAAAGCAGUGAAAAAGAAAUUAGCUCUGACAUUUGAAGGUAAUGGUGACCAAGAAAAUCUACUCCAGAACAUCUACACUAUGUUGUUCAUCACCACCGGAGAGAGUGAAAGACUAAAUGAAGAGCAUCAAUUCAAAAGUAAAUGGAAAAUGCAAUCAUCCAAUGAUUGUUCAGUCAACCUCAGUCACAUAUUCAAAUCGUUUUCUGUCCAAAACAAACCCCACAGAACAGUCUUGACGAAGGGCGUUGCAGGCAUUGGGAAGUCUCUGGCUGUUCAGAAAUUGAUUCUUGACUGGGCCGAAGAGAAAGAAAACCAAGAUCUUGACUUUGUUUUCAGUCUUGCUUUCAGAGAGUUGAAUUUGAUUUCAGGUGAAAAAAGCCUACAUGAGCUCCUGACUUUAUUUCACCCCACGCUGUCAGAACUCAAAGAUUCAGUGGAUUAUACCAAAACCAAGAUUGUUUUGGUCCUGGACGGUUUGGAUGAAAGCAGGUUUCAGCUGGACUUUGAAGGCACAGAGACAGUAUCAUCUUUCAAGGAAGUAACAUCUUUGAGUAAUCUCCUAGCAAACCUCAUCCAAGGUAACCUUCUUCCUGAUGCAAAGCUCUGGAUUACUUCCCGUCCAGCAGCAGCCAAUCAGAUCCCUGCAGAACAUGUUGACAUGGUGACAGAGAUAAGAGGGUUCAAUGAUCCUCAAAAAGCUGAAUACUUCAGGAGGAGAUUUGGUCAUGAUCCUGGUCUUGCUGAAAGGAUCAUUAAACAUAUUCAGUCUUCACAGAGUCUCGACAUCAUGUGUCAGAUCCCGAUCUUCUGCUGGAUUUCUGCAGUGUUAUUCCAGGAAGUCUUUGGAGGAGACACUGAAACUGAAAUUCCUCAAACUCUUACAGAGAUGAUGUCACACUUCUUGUUUGCACAAACAAAGCGUAGAAACAGAAAAUAUGACAAGAAGGUUGAGACAAACAAAGAAAAGCUUCUGAAGACACACAAAGAAUUUCUUCUGAAACUCGGCAAGCUUGCAUUUGAGCAGCUGCUGAAGAACAACCUCAUCUUCUAUGAGGAAGACCUGGAGGCCUGUGGAAUUGACAUUAAAGAAGCAUCCAUUUACUCUGGAUUUUGCACCACAGUCCAUUUGGAAGAACAACUCUUUUCCAACAAAAGGGUCUUUUGCUUUGUGCAUCUGACCGUACAGGAGUUCUUUGCAGCUCUCUUUGUCUAUGACUGUUUUAUUAACAAUAACACUACAGAACUUAAAAACUUCCUCAUUUUGGAGGACAAAGACCAUACGUUACUUGAUCUUGUAAAGGUGACGGUUGACAAAGUGCUGGAGAAGAAGAAAAAUGGCCACCUGGACUUCUUCCUGAGAUUCCUUCUUGGCCUCCUAGUUGAACCCAACCGGAGAGUCCUUCAUGGUCUUCUGGCUCCACCAGAUCGAAGCCAAGAUACUGACAAGAAAAUCUUGACUUACCUCAAGUCUAUCAGAAGGAAGAACCUCUCUCCAGACAGCUGCAUCAACCUUUUCCAGACUAUGGUCGAGAUGAGAGAUCACAAAGUCAAAGAUGAGAUUCAGAAAUAUCUCAAACUGUCAGAUCGUUCAAAAACAGAGUUGACUCCCCUGCACUGCUCUGCACUGGCCUACAUGCUGCAGGUAUCGAAGAAUGAUCUGGAAGUCUUGGACUUGAAGAGUUACAACACAUCAGAUGAGGGCAGACGGAGGCUGAUACCAGCUGUGCGGAAGAGUAGAAAAGCUGUGUUAGCAGAUUGCAAAGUGACCUCGGUGUCAGCUGAGCAUUUGGCUUUUGCUCUCAAGUUCUACUGCUCAUCCCUGAGAGAUCUAGACCUCAGUGACAAUGACCUGAAAGAUUCAGGGUUGAAGUUACUCUGUGAUGGACUAUCAAGUCAGUGCUGCAGGCUGGAGAUACUCAGGUUAUCCGGUUGUCUGGUCACAGCGACAGGCUGUGCAUAUCUGGCUUCAGCUCUACAGCUCAACCCGUUUUAUCUGAUAGAGUUGGAUCUGAGCUACAACCAUCCAGGAGACUGUGGAGAGAAGCAGCUGUCUAAGCUGAAGAAUGAUCCUCGAUACAAGCUGAGCAAACUCAGUGUUGAACACGGUGGAAGUCACAGAAUGAAACCAAGCUUCAAGAAAUAUGCCUGUGAACUCACUCUGGAUUCCAACACAGCACACACAAACCUGCUUUUCUCCGAUGGGAAUAGAAAGGUGACCUGGAUGGAAGUUGAGCAUCCACAUCCUGAUCAGUUUGAGCACUGCCAGCAGGUGCUGUGUGAGCAGAGCCUCAAUGGGCGCUGCUACUGGGAGGUGGAGGUAUUUGGCUUUCUAUGCGUUGGGAUUACAAUCAGAAGAAGAGGCACAGAAGGAAAGAAAAAUGAGUUUAAGAUGGGAUACGAUGACAAAUCCUGGUGUCUGGUUUUCUCUGAUGAUGGUUUUUACAUUCUGCACCGUAACAAGAAAGUAGACGUGCCUUCAGCUGGAUGGCGCUCCAGUCGGGUGGGUGUGUAUGUGGAUUGUUCAGCUGGCACGCUGUCCUUCUACAGGGUUUCUAAUGACAGCUACAUCCUCCUUCAUAGCUACAAAACAGCCUUUAACGAACCCCUUUAUCCUGCUGUUGAGCUUCACGCUCAAUCGUCUGCUUCAUUUUGUCAGCUAACCUAAGUUUCACCUGCACCUGCAAGUUUUGUCCAUCAGUUCCACACAUUAAACUGCUUUACGAAUA